GCUCUUCCACACCAUGGCGAUGCAGGCGUAAGGAGCACUGGCAAGAAAAGUCACCGUGACAGCCCCUUAAGCGUGGAUGGGAAUUUUGCGGAGAAACGCUUGAGGCGAGUUGGCCUAACCUACUCCCCAUCCUUCCCUCUCAGGUUUCCCUGCCUCCCUGCAGCCACACAACCACCCCGACGGCGUGUGCCAGGGCCCUGGCCGGGAUCCCUGGUGCGACAGAGAGGAGAAGGGACCAUCGCGGUGUCCCCGGCUGGUGAGAACCCGUCAGUCCCUGGGGAUGGGAGUGGGGGGCUGCUGCCAGGGCCACCAGCAGGUCCCCCCGGGGUGCCAGAGCAGCCCUGGUGCCACCAGGACCAGGUAGCCAUCGCAGUGGCCCAUCCUGGCCGAGGGGUGGAGGUCGGUGGCCCAGAGGGACCUUCCCGGGCCACUCUUCCGCAGGCCCUGUGCUACGUCUUGGGGUGUGCUACCCCUCCGAACCCCGACACAGGGGCUCUGGGGUGGCUGCUCCCCGAUGGCUUCACAAUCUCCCACGCCAGCUCAGCCCUGGGUUGACGUGGCAGCCACUGUGUGUCUACACGAUGUCACCACGGCAUCACAAAGGUGGCCCCCCUCUUAGCGGGUUGCGGGGAGGCUCGGGUGUCACUUUGACUGCACGCGAGCCAGCGAGCAGAUGGGCAAGCGUGUGGAAAACGCAGCAGAGAUGGGAGGAGAAGCAAACAAGCAGAACCGCUGGAGGAGAUGCUGGCGAUCCCUGCGCGAGAUGGAGGAGUGGAAGCUGACGGUGCUGCUCUUCCUCUCCAGCCUGAGCCUCUGGGGGCUCUGCACGCUCGUGCUGCCCUGCACCACCAGCUUGGUGGCCGUCCUGGGUCUGGGCAUCUUCAUGACCUGGUGGCCCAACAUCAAGGCCAAGGUCAAGGGGACCUCUGCGGGGAAGAGACGUCGCAGCAGCAGGAGGAAGGACCCGAUAGGAUCUUCUGUCCCCUGGGAAGGCGUGGAGGGCUCUACCGAGAGCCUGAAGGCAAGGUCGGGGAAGCCCCAUGGAGGAGAAUGGUGGGAAAGCGGCUAUGGGAGGGAAGCAGCCUCUGCAAGGGAGCUCCCCUCGGAGACCAGAGACGUGCAUCGACGUGGAAAUUCCAGUGCUGCCAGCAGCUCAGGAAGGCAGCCCUCCGUCGCCAACAUGGAGGAGCUCACCAGAUCCCUGAUGGAGUCCCUGAACAUCACCCAAAUCUGCCGCAACCUGCUGGGAAAGCUGAACAUAGCUCAGGAUAGCAGCGCUCCAGUCCUGUGCGGAGCCACGUGGGAAGAAUAUCCCGUCUGCCUGCAGUGCCGUCGAUGCCUCACCGGCAGCUGCCCGCACUGCAGCCAGCCCGCGGCAGAACAGGACCUGCCCACGCUGGCCGUCACCCUCUGCGCUGUGGACAUGCUGGUGCACGAGGAGGACCUCCAGCUGGAACUGGUGCUGGGCUUUGAGCUGGCCAUCAGCGGGGAGCCGGUCUACGUGUGGGAGAUAACCCGGCGGCUCCCCAAAAUCGCCCCUGAGAGGUGCUGCGAGGAGUGCAACGCGCCUCUGCCCAGGAGCCCCGGGGACGGCAAGGGCUCGCGGGCAUCGUUCCCCGUGCCCGGGUCCCCGGGAGCACCAGCGGGACAGAUGAGGCCGGGCAGGCAGGACGCGAGGCAGACCGGGGCGAAAUGCAGCGAUAUCAGCCGUGCCGACCUGCGGCCAGCCGGGCCGGGGGAGUCUGUCCCCGCCAUGGUCCCCACGUGGCCCCUGCCCCCGUGGGCACAGCCUCCCCCUCCCGGGGCCCUGGACCGGCUGCGGAGAGUCGGGCUGGAGCCCCUGCCCUUGGUGGGCUACAAGGGCCUGCAGCAGGGGGUCAGGCUGCAGCGCAUCCGGCAGUCCUGGUGCCAAGUGAAGAGCAGCGUGCGAGGGAGCUUGGCGCCCAAGGGCACCACGGAAGGGGACCCGCGGCUGCCGUUCCACCUCCGGUUUCAGGUCAACGCGCUCUUCCACGCCAUGGCGAUGGAGGCGUGAGGAGCACCGGCAAGAAAAGGGCAGGCCAGAAGAGACUACCCGCUGGGCAGAACCCCAGCCGAUGGGGAGAAGUGACUGGGGCUUCCCUGCCCAGCAGCAGCCCCUCUCGGUCCCCGUCGUCCCCGAGACAUCGCUGUCUGCCUGCUGCCGUCCUGCCCAGAGGGGAAGGCAGGGCCAUGCCUGCUCUGCUCCCCGUGCAGCUGAGGGACCAGGCUGCCGGCCAGGGCACGGACACUGGGGAGAGGCAGCGGGAA